UUGUCAACCGAGGUGGAGCGUGCCUAGCCUAGCGCAGACCAGAAAUCACAAUGACACGAUCGUACCGUCAGUUUGCAUUGGCUGCAAUACUUCUGCUCACGCUACACCAAACGCUCGGUGAACUGCAACGCGCUGCCACAGUAGCGAAAUCGAUUGGCAAAGCGCGGAGUGAAUCUUCGCCAAGGGUUGCGCAAGGGCACGGAGCGAACGAACGCCCGGAGCGGGUACGGGCACAGCUGGCCGGUGGAUUCAUCGACGAUGCGACGGUGCAUAAAAACGGUGGCGCAGCUCAACGGCCGCCUGCUCACGCUAGCGGCACCGAUCAUCCACGAUCACGGGCUCCGUCGGUUGCCGGAAGUGGACGGAAGAUGCCUGUCCACGGUACGAGCGGCCCGAUUCACACUUACAUAAAAACGGACAAAAAUGCCAACUUUAAGUGGGGUGUGCGGCAUUUCGUGGGGGCAAAGUACGCCCGAUGAGCGCCGAGGCGGGGCGAGCGGAGCGAUUGUCAAUUAGCAAAAGGCGGUACACGAUUAGCUAACUUGUAGCAAAUGGGUAAUUUAAUAUGUUUAGGGUUAAAGCUACGAUGUAGUUUCGGAUGAAAUUAUGCGUUAAACAGGGUUUAAUCGAGGUGAAAAUAAACAAUUUAGUUCCGGUGCGGCCGUAAUCUGGCACAAUUGUUGUGAAGGGCGGUCAUCAAU